AUGUCCAGCCUAGGACCUCAGUCGCCGAUCGACAUGAAACCCGAUACAGCCACAUUGAUGGCUGGCUUCAGCCCUGGCUCUGUAGGAGGAGGAAACAGCCCCACCAGUCCAAGGUUCUACUUACAUUCACUCAUGAUAUUGAAUCACCAACAAAGAUCAUCUGAUGAUGAUAGGUCUGGAUUGGGUUUCAGUUUGCCACAGCCGUCCUUCACCAUUGGUCACUCGGGUUACUUGAACAAUUCCAAUGGCUCCAAGUCGGGACACUAUCCGCCAAAUCAUCCGCUCAGCAACUCCAAACACCUGUGCAGCAUCUGUGGCGACAGAGCCAGUGGGAAACACUACGGCGUGUACAGCUGCGAAGGCUGCAAGGGAUUUUUCAAGAGAACAGUCAGGAAAGACUUGACUUAUGCAUGCCGUGAAGAUCGCCAGUGCUUAAUUGACAAGCGUCAGAGAAAUCGGUGCCAGUAUUGCCGCUAUCAGAAAUGCCUUCAGAUGGGCAUGAAGCGAGAAGCCGUUCAAGAGGAGAGGCAACGCAACAAGGAAAAGGGAGAAAUGGAUAUGGAUGCCACCAGUGAUUUUACAGGUGGACAAGGUGACAUGCCAAUCGAUCGAGUUUUGGAAGCUGAAAAACGAGUCGAGUGCAAGGACGAGCCCCAGGUGAAUUCAGCCACUGCCGCUCUAGGCAAUAUAUGCGCUGCUACAGAUAAACAACUUUUCCAACUGGUUGAGUGGGCUAAACACAUCCCACAUUUCACGGAAUUGCCCCUUGAUGACCAAGUCGUUUUGCUCAGAGCUGGCUGGAAUGAACUGCUGAUUGCUGCAUUUUCUCAUCGUUCGGUCGGUGUCAAGGACGGGAUCGUCCUUGCUACUGGACUUGUUAUUCACAGGAACUCGGCUCACCAGGCUGGCGUCGGAUCGAUCUUUGAUCGUGUGCUUACCGAACUCGUCUCCAAAAUGAGGGAAAUGAAACUCGAUCUGGCCGAAUUGGGUUGUCUGAGAGCCAUCAUCUUGUUCAACCCAGAUCCCAAGGGCUUAAAAUCUGUUUCGCAAGUGGAAGCUCUGCGUGAAAAAGUGUACGCCACGCUUGAGGAAUACACGCGAACAAAUUACGCCGACGAACCGGGACGCUUCGCUAAACUUCUCCUACGCCUUCCUGCUCUACGCUCCAUCGGCCUCAAAUGCCUCGAGCAUCUCUUCUUUUUCAAACUCAUCGGAGACACACCCAUUGAAUCCUUCCUGCUCGAAAUGCUGGAAGCACCUGCAGAGACUUAGAAGAAACGAUCUAGUUUUUCUAUUUCUUUUUGCAGCUGUUGGAACCACAUCUAUUCGUGCAUUGUAUAGUGUUUCUUGGCGAUUUGGUGAGACAAACGAAGUUACUUGCCCUUUCUUGCUUAUCAACGUACUUUAAAAAAAAACCUUAAGGAUUAGCUAUUAGCUUUACCGGGACAAUCUCUCUUCUAUUUCAAUGUUUACUUGGAUUCAAUCAAUCACAUUUUCAUCCCAGAGUUAUUUCAUUGUUGUUUAUUAGCUUGUAGUGUCGUAACAGUUAUUUACGAAAGUUUCAAGUGGGAUGAAGGUGGCGGUUUUCUCUUGUUUAAUUUUGUUCGAUGUCGAGUAUAAAUGAUUGGUCAUUUUUGUGUUCUUUAUUCGUUCCUUUCUAUACUCGAAUAAACAGAUACAGAAAUGGAA